GUCAGACGCCCGUCUUCACGAUCCGGAACCUGUGCCUACCCUCGGCUAAGUGGACAUCAUCGAUUCCGGCACUCUAAACCUAGCACUCCUUCUCAACUUCCAAGCCUCCAAACAACGACAUCCCACCUCCCUCCACUUGCGAAUACCAAUUGAACCGCCCGUGAACUACCAGCGAUCACCAUGGCUUCGAUUGUGCGCCCUGCUCUUCUCCGGCAAACCGCCACGGCGGCCCGCAUGGCCCAGGCCACCCCGAUCCGUUCCGCCUUCGUCAAGAACUCGUCAAGAGUCGCCGCCUUCCACACAACCGCCAAGAGGGAUCUGUUGCCCGUCGGUCCUCAGGUCAUUCAGGGUGGAGUGAACGAUCCUGCCCCCGUUCCUCCCCCGAGUCCCGCCCACGGCUCCUACCACUGGAGCUUCGACCGCAUCCUCGCCGCCGGCCUCGUCCCCAUCACCAUCGCCCCCUUCGCCGCCGGCUCCCUGAACCCGACAACCGACGCCGUCCUCUGCGCCAUGAUCCUCAUCCACUCCCACACCGGCUUCCAGAACAUCAUCAUCGACUACGUCCCCACCAAGCACUACCCCAAGUCGCGCAAGGCGACCAUGUGGGGCCUCAACGUCGUCACCGCACUGGUCGGCCUCGGCCUGUACGAGUUCGAGACCAGCGACGUCGGUGUCACUGAGGCUGUCGCGCGUCUGUGGAAGGCUUAAUUUGGGGGAGAGACGGGAGAGAGGUGUCGUUUUGUCCUGCUUGACAGCAAAUAAAAGGCUGGUCAUCUGGGAAUAAUAUCCGAUUGAGGAUGCGACAGGGGAGGCGGAGACGUCAUGCUAGGAUACCAGUACCAGAGAAAUGGCGCUGAAGUCGGCUUACUGUAUGUGAUUCAGGGGGCGCCAGGGUUUAGAAUUGGGACGGCCAGUGUAUAAUCACCAGUCUAGGCAAAAUUGGAUUCUUUGUCAAUGAGCCUGGUGCGACAAUUCUGCAAGUGAAAUUAAAUGUGAGUCGGCUCUAGGAUGACAGGUUAAAUGUUUAUCCGCGACGGAUGAGGUGUUCGAUGUCAGGCAGAUCUAAUCACCGCUAUGCAGUCGACGGGGGAGAAAAUCGACUGAACGAGUAAACGCAAUGACAACUCGUUAGAAAUCUGGGACUCUUGUGCAGAUUUCACGUGUGUCAGCGAAACCUUCAAGAGUCUAAUCUCGUUUUGAGGUGCAGUUUUUACAUUUCUUCGCCCAAAGUCUCUGAGAAGCAAAUUCAAUGUUGAGAUCAGCAACCUCAGACCAAGAACGCACUCGGUCAACAUUGAAAUUCCAAUAAGUAUCAUUGUCAAGAAAAUUACCAUACGCUAAAUCAUGUUCGGGUCAUAUAUCUCGAACUAGUACUUCCAACCACCAGCCGCACAGUACACGGCCGUACUUACACCAA